CUUUUUGUACGUUGUUUCUCCUUAACGGCCCGUUCGGCGCAGGCUCACUUCAUCCCUGAAAAUGUGGGCCGUUCCUGAUGUGGGGAUGAGCGAGGUGUUCGGGCAGCUUCCCCGCUUGCGUCAUAACGAACCGCACAUUUCGACGUCGUGACGCCGCGGCCAUUACGAUGACGGAAUUGAGGGGCUCCUCGUGCCCGGCCACCUCUUACUUCCUUUUUCUUUAUCACGGCAAACUCGACUUUCGACGUAUCUGAGAAAGAAGAUUACUGGAACUGAGCGAGACGCAAGCAUGGGAGCAGAUCAUCCAGACGCAGACUUGCAUCCCGAGGCUACGGGCCUCGCGGCGAUGACCGUUAAGGCACACUCGGCCGAACAUUCGCUGAAGCUGUACUCGGGCUGGUUCUGCCCGUUCGUCCAGCGCGCGUGGAUCGCCCUGGAAGAGAAGGGCAUCCAGUACCAGUACAUCGAGGUCAAUCCGUACCACAAGCCGAAAUCGCUGCUCGACCUCAACCCGCGCGGUCUCGUCCCGACGCUUCAGUACCAGGGCAAGCCGCUUUACGAGAGCACAGUCCUUUGCGAGUUCUUCGAGGAAGCGUUCCCAAAUCAUAGCCCCCGUCUUAUGCCUGAGGAUCCGUACGAUCGAGCGAGGACGAGGAUCUGGACCGACUUUGUCACGAGCAGGAUUAUACCGAGCUUCCACCGUUUUCUGCAGCACCAGGGCGCGGAGGGGUUGAAGGAGAAACAACGGGAGUUUCUGGGGUAUAUUAAGCAGUUUACGAGGGAGAUGCAUGCUGAGGGUCCUUUCUUCAUGGGCGAGGAGUUCGGUCUCAUUGACAUCGUCAUCGCGCCGUGGGCUAUUCGCCUGUGGGUGUUUGAUCACUUCAAAGGUGGGCUGGGGAUCCCGGAGAAGGGCCAAGGAGGCGAGGAUGAGCAGGUCUGGGAGAGGUGGAGGAAGUGGCUAGAGGCUGUGGAGAAGAGGCGGAGCGUUAAGGAGACAAUGAGCGAUCGGGAGCAUUAUUUGCCUAUUUACCAGGGGUAUGCGGAUGAUAAGGCGCAGAGUGAGCUGGCGAAGGCUACGAGAGCAGGGAGGGGUGUGCCGUAAAUCCAGCUUCGUCAGUUUAGCUCCAACUUGGCGAGCUUUGACGUCCUUCGUACUGAAUUACUACGGAGCCUGACCCGAGAUGCCAUUUCCUAGACUGCUAUAAGCUAACAGCUAAGCUAGGCUCGAGAUU